UGUCGUUUCUUUUCUCAUUACCUAUUAUUUACCUAUACAUAUAUACUGUAUACUAUAUACCUAACUAUAUUUUCACUGCUUUUAUACUUUUAUUCCAUCAUAAGUGCACCUGUUUAAUAUGCUGUUUUACAAUGCUGUGCGGAACCUCCUGUCUAUCUGUACGGUAUGUUUGUACUGUUUUUCCUGAUCUCAGUUUUCUUACUUCUCUUUCUCUCUCUCUCUCUCUCUCUCUCUCUCUCUCUGCUGCUGCUGCUCACUCUUUCAAUUGUGGCAUGGAAAAAUGUGAGAGCAAGAGAGAAACCAAAAGCAAACCAAAACAAACAAACAAAAGCUUCUGAUGAGUGGAAAUGAAAUACCCAUGAGGCAGAACAAGACCACUGAUUUUAAUUCCAUUUAUUAACAUUUUAUCUGGUCUGAACAGUAGUUCGACGCAGGCGCUUAUGAACAUAUUUCUGCCGCCCUCUUGUGGCAGAGGCCUGGCAUCACACUAAGUUUAGUUAUUGACACACUCGCUGCUCAGACGGAAAAAACAAAAACAAAAAAGUGUAUUAACUGUCAUUCAAAGCUUGAAUUUAUUCAUUAUUUCUUCGACGGCUAACUUUUGUGUUAUUAAUCACAUUGUUUCCUUUCUGCAGAUAACAUAUACUAAAAAUAGUGAACUCACCGCGACACGAAGCGGAACCAUUAUCGCUACGUCGGGAUUUCAGCGGAGCCUUUAUAGCGGUGCACGUUGUCAAACGCAAAUCCACGGCAGUGCACCGGGCAAUAUUUUUUGGUGAAAGCUUUGUAUAUCGGCGUCAGGAAAACCUUUAUUUCUGGUGAUGGAUGAGGACGAUGAUUGCCCAGAGCUGGUGCCCAUCGAGCCCGGUGCCCCUGCAGAGCAGAUCCCUGUCACCAUCAUCACAGGCUACCUCGGUGCUGGAAAGACCACACUCCUGAACUACAUAUUAACUGAACAACACAACAAGCGGAUCGCUGUCAUACUCAACGAGUUUGGAGAGGGCAGUGCCCUGGAGAAGUCUCUUGCAGUGAGCCAGGCAGGAGAACUGUAUGAGGAGUGGCUGGAACUGAGAAAUGGCUGCCUCUGCUGCUCUGUCAAGGACAAUGGUCUUAAAGCCAUUGAAAACCUGAUGGAGAAGAAAGGAAAGUUUGACUAUAUCCUAUUAGAAACCACCGGACUCGCUGAUCCAGGAGCUGUGGCCUCCAUGUUCUGGGUCGACGCAGAGCUCGGCAGUGACAUCUAUUUGGAUGGCAUCGUCACCGUCAUUGAUGCCAAGUUUGGACUGCAGCAACUAACAGAGGACAAAUCAGAGGGACUCGUGAAUGAAGCGGUCAGACAGAUCGCUCUCGCUGACUUGACUAUUAUCAACAAGACAGACCUGGUUGAUGAGGAGGAACUGAACCAUGUCAGAGACACCGUCAGAUCAAUUAAUGGUCUUGUCAAGAUUCUAGAAAGCCAGAGAUCAAGGGUGGAUCUCUCUGAAGUCCUGGAUCUGCAUUCCUUUGACAGUAAGGAUGGAGCAAAUCUGGCAGAGAAGCUCCAGCUUGUGAAACCCACAAAGCCUCAUCUCGACAAGAGCAUUUUAACUGCGACCUUUGAAGUGGCUGGUGAUCUCUCUGAGAACGCCUUGAAUCUUUUCAUCCAGGAUCUCUUAUGGGAAAAGAUGUUCAAAAACAAAGAAGGGCAACCCAUGACCGUCAUCCGGUUAAAGGGCAUAGUAUCAUUUGCAGGUAACGCCCACCAAGUGAUGCUGCAGGGGGUCCACGAGCUGUACGAGCUGAAUGAGACUCCACAGCUCUGGGAGGAGAACCUGCGGAUUAACCGACUGGUCUUCAUUGGAAGGAACCUGGACAAGGACGUUCUGCGGGAACAGUUCAUUUCCAGAGUGGUGCCGGAGGCAGAGAGAAAUUAGCCAGAAGAUCUUCUCUUUGCUGAGCCAGGAGCAGAAGCUGUGGCAUUUGGCCAUCCAUAAAUCUGGGACUGUGUUUCAGAUGUUAAUUCCUUUCCUUCAUGAGGAUGAGGUAUGUCAGGGGACGGCUAUGGUUGCUGUGGUGAUCAAGUUUUCAGUCGCGAUAAUCCAUCACACAACCACCUCUGAAAGCUACAGUAAGAGUCUUUAUGUUGCUGUAGUUCCUAAGCUAAGUGCGGAGGGAUGCGUGAUCACACCAUUACACUUAUCAAACACGGCCGCUAUAAUUAACCCCUCAAAUCAUUUUUAAAGAAGGCUUUGUAAAAUUUGCAAUUUAUGAGCUUUGGGAGCCCGAAGUGUGUUGGGGGUUGCAAAUACUAUGAUGCACAUACUGUCCCAAGUCUGGUACAAGACUGUACUUUGUGAAUGAAGCUGCUUUGAUCAUGUUUCCAGCUUUUAACUUCUCGUAUUUCUGAAUUAUUUAAAAUAAACAGGGUUUUUUUUUCUGAAAAUUCUGUAAUUGUUUUGACAAACCUAAAAUAAAUAAUGAAUGUGUAUGUUUUAAAA